AUGAAUUUUAAUCAAACUGGUUCAACAUUAAAUUAUUUGAUUCCAAAUAAUCCCCAAGAGUUUACUCCAAUAUUUAAAGAAUUAUCAAAUUUAAAUAUACUUGAAAGAUUAUGGGCAAGUUGGUAUUUAUAUUUUAAUAAUGAUAUAUUAUCCACUGGUUUAUUAUUCUUUUUAACUCACGAAUUAACAUAUUUUGGUAGAUGCUUACCUUGGUUUAUAAUAGACAACGUAGCAUGGUUUAGAAAAUAUAAAAUUCAAGACACAAAAUUACCAUCAAACAAAGAACAAUGGGAAUGUUUCAAAAAAGUUUUAAAAUCACACUUUCUCAUUGAAAGUUUACCAAUUUGGUUAUUUCAUCCAUUAUGUCAACAAUUAAACAUAAUAUUUGAUGUUCCAUUUCCAAGUUGGAAAAUUCAAUGUUUUCAGAUUGCGAUUUUCUUCUUUUUAGAAGAUUUAUGGCAUUAUACAUUUCAUAGAUUAUUCCAUUGGAAUUGGUUUUAUAAAUAUAUUCAUAAAGUACAUCAUAAAUAUGCUGCUCCAUUUGGUUUGACUGCUGAAUACGCUCAUCCAGUUGAAGUUAUGGCUUUGGGUGUUGGUACUGUAGGAUUUCCAAUUUUAUAUGCUUAUUUAUCAACAAUUUAUGAUAUUCCACCACUUCAUUUAUUUACUAUAAAUACCUGGAUUAUAUUAAGAUUAUUUCAAGCAAUUGAUUCACAUUCUGGGUAUGAUUUCCCAUGGUCAUUACAUAAUUUUUUACCAAUUUGGGCUGGUGCAAAACAUCAUGAUGAACAUCAUCAUUAUUUCAUUGGUAAUUAUGCUAGUUCAUUUAUAAUGUGGGAUAAGUUUUUCAAAACAGAAUGUGGAGAUUUAGCUAGAAGAAGAAGGGAGAAAUUAGAUUGAAUAGAUAGUUUAAUAUAUAUAAGUGAUAUACUUAAAUCAAAUUAGACGACAUAACAAAUAAUAACAUAGACGACAAAAAAUAAAAAAGCGCGAUCUAGAAUCUAGGGCUAUAACCCAAACCGGCACGUGCUAGAUGUUUAAUAAUUUUAAUGCGCAUCUAUUCCUAAUACUAACAAAAUUAGUACUAAAGAAAAAAGUUUCAUUAAUUUUCAUUUUGAUUAUUACCAAUAACUAAGUCAAACAGUAUGUUCCAAGAUAUCAAAUUAAACGUUCAAACGGAUAGAAAAUGUAAAUGAGAGUGUUAAAUACUAACAGUCGUUUUUAGUGUCAAGAUUAAAUGAAUAUCAAGUCAUUGGUCGUCGUUUACCAACUGAUUCAGUUCCAGAACCAAAAUUAUUUAGAAUGAGAAUUUUUGCUCCAAACACAGUUGUUGCCAAAUCAAGAUACUGGUAUUUCUUACAAAAAUUACAUAAAGUUAAAAAAACAAGUGGUGAAAUUGUUGCUUUAAAUGUUAUUUCAGAAACAAAACCAACUAAAGUUAAAACUUUUGGUAUUUGGAUUAGAUACGAAUCAAGAUCAGGUAUCCACAACAUGUACAAAGAAUACAGAGAUGUUACCAGAGUCGGUGCUGUUGAAACCAUGUAUCAAGAUUUAGCUGCUAGACAUAGAGCUAGAUUUAGAAACAUUCAUAUUUUAAAAGUUGUUGAAUUAGAAAAAUCUGAUGAUGUCAAAAGACAAUAUGUCAAACAAUUCUUAGCUAAAGAUUUAAAAUUCCCAUUACCACACAGAGUUCAAAAAUCAAAAAAAUUAUUCCAAGCUCAUGCUCCAACUACUUUUUACUAA